UCAUUCAUACCACAAUCCACGGCGGGCUGAGUGACUCUUACAGAUGCUGACUCAGGAAUCCACGCUCCUUCCGUCUUGACACUACUUUCUCCAACAUGUACCCUCCAAGCUGUGUGGAGGAGGUGCGCAAUCAUGAUGAUACAGAACAAGUUUCUGGUUCUCACUCAAAACUGGAAGAACAAGACUCAGAACAAUCUCAACAGGUAGCCCUUAAAGGCCACUUAGACUGUUGUCUAUUUUGUAGGUUUCUCUGAAGUGGUCAGGAGAACUGCUCAAGGAUUUCUAAGAGCAAGUGUGCAGAUGGACAUCACCUGGGCCAGGUGGUCUGGCAGCGCCAGGCCGGCAGUCAUUUGCGUUGUAAUUCCUGCAGACGUGGGCACCCAAUCUAUCACGGUUUCUUCACUCCUGCCUUUUCUACUGUGGGAGCGGUGUCCUUGUGCCCUCUGCAGACAAAAGACUUUCUCCCGCCAACACGCCCGCAUCCUCUCAUAUCACUAGGACUGGGACCUACUUUGAGACCACGUAGUGACCACUGACGGAGGGACCCACCAAGGCAUUUAAACCAGGGUGUGAAAAAAAAGACAGGUUCGUGGGCUGCGCUGUUGCCCCUUUAAGAGCUCCUCCAACUGCACAUGCUCAGUUCAGCUAUAUCGCGCGCAGGCGCACAGGUAGCAGCGGAUGUUUACAGCGGCCGAGGUCGGUGCGAAGCGACCGAAGCGUCCAAAGAACUGCUGUCGGAGUCUAAACCCGAGGGCAGCUAAGCGCCCAGGCCUGUUCCUCUGCCACCAACUCAGUCAUCUGAUUAUCUGGCCCUCAGCUCUCUUGGACCUGCACUGUUGGUCUCUGUUCUUGUCAGCGAAGACGUGGCUAAAGUGGGCUCCAUUCCGAUGUUUGUCUUGCUUGAUUGUAAUCUUGAACAUGGGCGGUGCUGUGAGUGCUGGUGAGGACAACGAUGAGCUCAUUGAUAAUUUGAAGGAAGCCCAGUACAUCCGGACGGAUUUAGUAGAGCAGGCUUUCAGAGCAAUCGAUCGAGCAGAUUAUUAUCUUGAAGAAUUUAAAGAAAAUGCGUACAAAGACUUGGCGUGGAAGCAUGGAAACAUUCAUCUCUCAGCCCCGUGCAUCUACUCGGAGGUGAUGGAGGCUCUGGAUCUGCAGCCUGGGCUCUCAUUUCUCAAUUUGGGCAGUGGUACUGGCUACCUCAGCUCCAUGGUGGGCCUCAUUCUAGGUCCUUUUGGUGUAAACCAUGGGGUGGAGCUUCAUUCAGAUGUGACUGAGUAUGCGAAGCAGAAACUGGAUGUCUUUAUCAGAACAAGUGACAGUUUUGACAAAUUUGACUUCUGUGAACCUUCCUUUGUAACUGGCAAUUGCCUGGAGAUUGCUCCAGAUUGUUGUCAGUAUGAUCGUGUGUAUUGUGGAGCUGGUGUGCAGAAAGAACAUGAAGAGUACAUGAAGAAUCUUCUCAAAGUUGGAGGGAUCCUUGUCAUGCCCUUGGAAGAGAAGGUCAGGUUCUCUACACAGCUGACAUUGUGUAUACUCUCCUUCAAGUCAGCUUAUGUGUACUACUUUUGCAGUAGCUCUGCCAUGUUAUUAACCGAGGACAGGUAUGGAUGUGCCUAGGUCUUCCAUACCCUAGGUGCUGUGUGUGUGAACCUUCCCUUACUUCCUUUCUCUUUUAUAUUUGUUCUUCCUUCUGUUUUUUUUCUUUCCUUCUCCCCACUUUUUCUCCCUUCCCUUCUCUUUCUUCUUCCUUCUCUUCAUCUUUACCCCAGCUCCCUUUGUUGUUGUCUUGUACUUGCUUGAUACUUUGAUGGAAAGUAUUUCACACAUUUCCCGCUUUUCAAAAAUUUUCUUGUAUAGACUGGCUUGAGUUCAUGAAUGUAAUUUUUAAAAAAUUAUUUAUUUUUAUUUUAUAUGCAUUGGUGUUUUGCCUGGGUGUAUGUCUCUAUGAGGUUGUCAGAUUCCCUGGAACUGGAGUUACAGACAGUUAUGAACUGCCAUGUGGGUGCUGGGAAUUGAACCCGGCCAAUGCUCUUAACCACUGAGCCAUCUCUCCAGCCCCUCAUGAAUGUAAUGUUUAGUCAUUUGAUUUUGAAUCUAUAUCAUUUUGUUGUUUAAAAGUUGCAUUUGGUUGAUAUAUCUCUUAGGUGUGUGUGUUUAUGUAUGAGUGUUCACAUGUGUGCAUGUAUGCAUGUGCAUGUGGAGGCCAGAGAAUUGACAUCUGGUAUCUUCUUUGAUUGCUUUCCACAUUAUAUAUUGAGGCAGGAUUUCUCACUUGAACCCAGAGCUCACCA